ACUGCCGUUUUACCGACAGAUGCCGCCGAAGGACCGCAACAAGACGGCUGGUCGAAGUAGGGUUGCCAGGUUUGACUGACAAAAGGUCGCCAUGGCAACACGGCCUGUGAGAUUUACCAACUUCAUCAGCAACUUUUCUUCGCGUUAUUCAAAUGAACCAUGGGCAACAUGCACCGAGGAAUUAAUAGAAAUAAGUUUCUGACUCCACCUUCCAUACCAACGAAAUACCAAAGAGUGGUGAUGACAAAUCAAGAAAAGAAGGGGUUUUCAUCCCAAGCUAAGAGAUUUCCUUCACAAGUGUGUCUGAAUGACAAUCCAGGACCAGGCAGCUAUGGCUGUAUUUCCAGUGCUGAAGUUGAAAGUCCUUCUUACUCAAAGAAAGGCACCACAGGCUUUGUUGCAUCCAAGGCUGCCAAGGGUUACAGUAACCCACAGAGAGCCGUCCCAGGACCAAAUAUAUACAACAUACAGAGCUCCUUUAUAAACAAGUAUGACUUCAACAUUGGAGUCUCCAGGGUGUUCAGGUUGCCUGUGGCUGUGCAGCUGGAAGGUCCAAAGCAUAAAACUCCAGCGCCAAAUCAAUAUGAUGUCAGUUAUGGUAGUAGAGAGAGAAUCUCCUCAGUGGUUGGCACAUCGGCUUUCCUCUCAAAAACUGGACGAAACUCAUUUUACCCAAACAAAAGCGUGCCAUCACCAUGCCACUAUGAGCUGAACAACCACUUAAUCCAGCACAGCUCCAAGGCAGUGUUGUCCCCCUUCAAGUCAAACACUCAGAGAAUCCCUGCUCUAGUGGACAACCAUGUGCCCGGCCCAGGAGCUUACAGUCCCCACCAGGCCCCUGCACCAGUAAAGAAGACCAUCCUACCGAGGGGUUAUUAUUUGGCAAUAUCAGCGCCUCCUCUGAUUGUUGCUAAGGAUCCUCCCUUGCCAGGCCCCGGGCAGUAUGAUAUAGGGAAUUAUAAUGGCGUCUCCAAGCGUCCCAUGCCAACAGCUGCAUUUGCAUCCAGAACUGGAAGAUUACCCCAGUACCCACAGGCGGAUAUGAAGCCAGGUCCAGGUUUCUAUGAUCCCCAGAUUUUGUCAAAGCAGUCCUUCUUUUACAGUGAUUCCAGAGUCUGGAUUCCUGUAUGAAGCUGUCAAGAGAAACUGCACUGCAAAAUCUGUAAAAUUCUUCACACACACAUUAAUUGAUUUUCCUUAUCAAAAUGCUUCUGUGCAAGGUAUGUGUCUCUGUAUUUAAAUGAACAUGUUUGUGUACCUCUGACACUUUUUAGAUCAGUAUUUGCUGAGAAAGAAGGAUGAAAAUUAAAUGUUUCCAACCAUUUAGUCUCUAAUUCUACGUCUAAAUAGGCCAGUGAGAUGUAAGACUGUUGAGAUAUCCUGGAAAAUGAAUCAUAUUCAGUUUUUAAUCCAAAGUGGGGAUGUAAAGGAAUUCCAAAACACUUGAAAAGCCAUAAGUUUUAAUCCUCACCCCAGUUUCCCGAUGCUCUAAUCUGGAGAUGAUAUAGCAGUAAGUGUUGCUGCAGUUUCCAACAGCUGCUGGUCCAGUCAGUGGUACGCCAGAGUAACAGCUGACAGCUUGAGAUGACACCGCCGCGCCAACUGCUGGAGGGCAGGCAGAGGGGUGGAGUGUGACUAUAUGUGAGCAAUGUGACUGACUGGGCAUGAGGCAUGGCUGCUGUUUAACCCAAAAGACAAAUGGACACAUCAGUCGCUCCCUUUAUCAGCCAUCACAUUGUUGGAACAGUGGCCGUUGCGCUUGUCUGACCUUUUGUGUUGUUUCGCUUUCUGUCAUAGAGUUGCAUGAGAGCGUUGAGUAAUAUAAUGGAUGUUUUCACAGUAAAAAAAUUUAUGAAGACAAUGUGAAUGGGCUCUGUUGUAGUGGUGAGAAUUAUCAGCUGAAUCUGUUUUCCAUUUCCAUUCUCUGUGCUAAGCUAUGCUAACGGCCUUCUAGCUAUAACGUCAUAUUUACCGUACAGAUAUAAUAGAUCUAUCAAUCUUCACAUCUAUCGCACUGUCGGAGAGAGUGCAUAGGGGAAUUUGUGUUGAACUUUUGCUUCAAGAGGAAUUUUCUCUGUGGAAAGCUGAGACAAACACUGAUGUGACAUUUGCAGCUGCUAACAUGGAAAUGAAUUUCAGGGAGACUUAACAACAUGGUGCCAAAGAGUUGUUAUUUAUGCCUCAUGCUUAUUUCCAUCUGCAAAGGCAGGAUGCGAUCAACAGUGUCAUCUGCUCACAUGAAAAUCAGUCGGAGAUAUUUUUUUUUUCCCCCCCAGCUCUGCUCUCAAUAACCACAGCAACUGCAGACAUGCCUGACUCCCACACUGUAGCAGCUGUAGUUAUAUUCAGAUUCUGACUUCAGCAGUGUGCUCUCCAAAUAUGUGUACUCGCCCUGUAAAACCCAAACCAUUGUGUACUUGGGGGUUUUACAAUGAGAAGAGCAUUAUUUAACUCCCCUUUUGCAGACAAAAACGCACUCUCCCCCAUGGUCAAACGCACAGGGAGGAUCGAGACAAAUGUUUUACGUGUAACUGCAGGCUUUUUGGGUUGGGUUUUUUUUUUUGUAGUGCUUUUGUGGUAGUGUAUG